CUACACGAAGUCUAUUUCAUCACACGCCUAAAAAAUACUGACUUCAUAAACGUAGAGUAGAUGAUGCCUAUGAACGGUGUGCUAUUCUUAUUCACCUUACUGCUUAACUAUUCAACCCGAACUCUAGCAUUAAUUCCUAAACCAACAAACUAUGCCAAAACUACUACAGCUUGUAAUCUACCCUUGGAUACUAAAUUUCAACAUGAUUAUCCAUCGUGUUACAUACUGACAAGUUGUUUAAAGAGAUUUGAGUCACGAUUAAUAACAAAGCAUAUGCCUAUGCCUGACGUCAACUCAGACGAUUGCAUUAUAGACAGUAUAAACAUUGAGAUAAGGAAUGGGUGUGAUGAAAGUGAGUAUGGCGUUUGGCCUAGUGAGUCAAUGGAUGAAUCCUGUAAGCAUCAUCGUGAAACACUGACUAAUCUACUUGGUUUUGUAGAUGUUAUUAGCAUACAAGAAGGUGAAAUUAAGAUAAGCUCGAAUGAAAUAUGGGGUACUAUGCGUGCAUUGGAAACUAUUCUUCAACUGAUAUAUACAAAUAAUCUUGGUGAGAACAUUAUAUUCAAAGGCCUCAUAGAAGAUAAUCCCAAAUACUCGUACAGGGGAUUGUUAGUGAACACAGCGAAAUACUUUAUACCUAUAGAUACUUUACGAAGAACUAUAGAUACCAUGGCAAUGGUAAAGAUGAAUGUUCUACACUGGCAUAUUACAGAUGAUGAGUCAUUCCCGUAUGCUUCAUCUGUAUAUCCUGAACUUUCAGAGAAGGGUGCUUUUCAUCCACAAACCUGUACAUACAAUGAAUUAGAUAUCACAAGUCUGUUAGAAUAUGCUCGUUUACGUGGAGUUCGUGUUAUUCCAGAGCUGGACACACCAGGACAUACACUUUCGUGGGGAAAAGCAUAUCCCGAUCUGCUCACAGAAUGUUAUGAUAAGUCUGAACCAGAUGGAAAUUUCGGUCCUUUGAAUCCAGCAAGACAAUUCACCUAUGAGUUUUUAGAGAAUAUUUACAAGGAAGUCAUUCUCAGAUUUCCCGAUGGUUAUAUUCAUCUAGGCGGUAAUGAUAUCUAUCUACACUGUUGGAAGUCGAAUCCAGAAAUAAUUGAAUUUAUGGAAGAGAUGCAAUUUGGUAAUGAUUACUAUAAAUUAGAAGCGUAUUAUAUGGAAAAUCUUGUACAGAUUGUCUUGAAUGCAACAAGUCCUGAGCCCACAAAUACACCAAUUAUAUAUCAAGAGAUAUUUGAACAUGGAUUUAACGUUCACCUGAACAACUGGAAUUAGUGAUCGGUGGUGAAGCUGCUAUAUGGAGUAAAUAUGUGGAUGAAACAAAUCUAAUACCUCUAGCCUGGCCAAGAGGAGCUGCUGUAGCUGAACGUCUUUGGUCAGAAGAUAUUGGAGAUGUACAGGAUUUUCGUCAACGAUUAAGUGAACUUCAGUGUAGAAUGCUUAAAAAUAGAAUUAAAGGUCAUCCAGUAAA